AUGCAUCUCACCAACCUCACUCCCACCAUCCUCUUCCUCAGCCUCGCAGCAGAGAGAAUACUAAUGAAAAUAGCAUCCCCCGGCUGCCCCAACAACCUCUGCGGCGACAAACCCUGUCCCUCCCCAAGCACCUGCACAACCUACGCCCGCACCUCACCCUCCUCAAGCCUAACAACCUGUAUCCCCGCCCCGACCUGCCUAGGGGUAUACCAAUCCUGCUCGUUCGGCACCGGUCUCACCUGCUGCUCGGGCUACUGCGCCGCGACGAAAUGCCGGCCCACGAAUCCCAAGUGGCCGGGCUGCGCGGAGGAUUUCCAGUUGUGUGGGGGUGAUGCGGAUUGCUGCUAUAGUGGGAGUAAAUGCCUCGAAGGGAUUUGUCGGAGGGUUAACAAUGGUGCCUAA